ACGUAACCGCCAACCCAAAGACCGUGGCUGAACAUGGAUUUAUUAUCAUCCUGGAGAUUUAGUUGACGUUUAGAAAAAUCACAGGAAAAGCGAUACGAAUGGGAAACAUGCGUUACUUUGAAAUGGGCAGGAUAUAAUCAACGACUCCCAGCAAUGAUAAUCUCUUACUUCGCUAUCGAAAUUAGCGUUAAAACAAAACUUAAGUGUUCUCAUCCACAACGAUGCACCUUUCAUUUGCUCGCCUCGCCAAGCCCAUUCUUCAUGGAUACUUCAGAAGCUCCUGCUCCUGGAGGGUGCGUAUUGCUUUUGCUCUCAAAGGUAUUGAAUAUGACCAGGUACCAGUCAACCUAAUCAAAGAUGGAGGUCAGCAGCUUACAGACCAAUACAAGGCAUUAAACCCUAUGCAACAAGUGCCUGCUGUGGAACUUGAUGGCAUCACUCUUUCUCAGUCACUCGCAGUGAUCCAGUAUAUUGAGGAGACUAGGCCAGGACCCCGGCUUCUUCCAACAGACCCAAAGAAACGUGCCCAGGUGCGGAUGAUAUGUGACCUUAUCGCCUCUGGGAUACAGCCCUUACAGAAUUUGUAUGUGCUCCAGAAGAUUGGUGCAGAGAAGGUGCAGUGGGCACAACAUUUUAUUGAACGUGGUUUUCAAGCUUUAGAGCCCAUUCUGAAAGAAACAGCUGGGACAUACUGCGUAGGGGAUGAGGUAUCCAUGGCAGACAUCUGUCUGGUUCCACAAGUCUACAAUGCAGAAAGGUUCAAAGUGGAUGUCGGGCAAUAUCCAACUAUCAAAAGGCUGAAUCAGGCCUUAAUUGAGCUCGAGGCUUUCAAAGUCAGCCAUCCAUCUUGCCAGCCAGACACACCUGUUGAUCUGCGCACAUAGGACAAUGACUUGGUGACAUAUGGGAGACAGUUAUGCCAAUUUGUCCAUUGCUCAAUAAAAUGC